AGCGUGGCGGCUGCGGGCUGUGGGCGCCGGGUCCGAGGGCCUCGCGCUUCCCUCUCCGCGAGAUGGCAAAGGCAGCCAAUGUGGCGCGGCUGCUCCUGGGCUCCUCGACGCUGUGGCUCUUGCUGCUCGGCUUUGGGACGGCCUCCGCGUCCAAGGCGGUGACGGCCCACUUGGCCGCGAAGUGGCCCGAGACCCCGCUGCUGCUGGAGGCCAGUGAAUUUAUGGCAGAAGAAAGUAAUGAAAAAUUUUGGCAGUUUUUGGAAACUGUGAAAGAAUUAGCAAUUUAUAAGCAAACAGAAUCAGAUUAUUCUUAUUACAACUUAAUCCUGAAGAAAGCUGGACAAUUCUUAGACAAUUUACAUAUCAAUCUCUUAAAAUUUGCUUUCUCUAUAAGGGCAUACUCUCCAGCUAUUCAGAUGUUUCAACAGAUUGCAGCUGAUGAGCCACCACCAGAUGGUUGUGAUGCAUUUGUGGUUAUCCAUAAGAAGCACACUUGUAAAAUUAAUGAGAUUAAAAAGCUGCUGAAGAAGGCUACUUCAAGGCCCAGACCAUAUCUGUUUAAAGGAGAUCAUAAAUUUCCUACAAACAAAGAGAACUUACCAGUGAUUAUUCUCUAUGCAGAAAUGGGUACCAGAGCAUUUGGUAAAUUUCACACAGUAUUGUCUGAAAAAGCUCAAAAUGGGGAAAUUCUGUAUGUUCUUCGGCAUUAUAUUCAGAAACCAGUCUCACAGAAAAUGUACUUAUCUGGCUAUGGUGUGGAGCUAGCAAUCAAGAGUACAGAAUACAAAGCAUUGGAUGAUACCCAAGUUAAAACUGUGACUAAUACUACUGUAGAUGAUGAGACUGAAACAAAAGAAGUUCAGGGAUUUCUGUUUGGGAAACUAAAAGAAAGAUAUUCCGAUCUUAAAGAUAAUCUGACAGCAUUCCAAAAAUACCUGAUUGAGAGUAACAAAGAAAUGAUGCCUUUGAAAGUCUGGGAACUACAAGAUCUUAGUUUUCAAGCAGCUUCUCGAAUAAUGUCCUCUCCGGUUUAUGAUGCCGUAAAAUUAAUGAAAGACAUUUCACAGAACUUCCCCAUAAGAGCCAGAUCUCUGACCAGAAUUGCUGUAAAUCAACAUAUGAGAGAAGAAAUACAGGAAAAUCAAAAGAAUCUUCACUAUAGAUUCGAAAUUCAGCCAGGCGAUGCUUGCUUAUUUAUAAAUGGACUUCGUGUUGAUAUGGAUACUUAUGAUCCUUUUAGUCUUUUGGAUACGCUGAAACUAGAAGGAAAAAUGAUGAAUGGCCUUCACAAUCUUGGGAUCAACGGAGAAGAUAUGAGCAAAUUUUUAAAAUUAAAUUCACAUGUUUGGGACUCUACUUAUGCAUUAGACAUUAGGCAUUCUUCUAUAAUGUGGAUUAAUGACUUAGAAAAUGAUAAUUUGUAUGUUACGUGGCCUGCAAGUUGCCAGGAGCUUCUGAAGCCAAUAUUCCCUGGAGGUAUACCUUCCAUAAGGCGUAAUUUUCAUAAUUUGGUUCUGUUUGUUGAUCCUGCUCAAGAAUAUACCUUGGAUUUUAUAAAACUUGCCAAACUUUUCUAUUAUCAUAAAACUCCUCUUAGAAUUGGUUUUGUGUUCAUUGUUAAUACAGAUGAUGAAGUUGACGGAACAAAGGAUGCUGGAGUUGCUUUUUGGCGAGCUUUCAACUAUAUUGCAGAAGAACAUGAUGCAUCACAAGCAUUUGUUUCCAUGCUAAAAAUGUACCAAAAAGUAAAGAAUCAAAACAUACUCACUGUGGACAGUGUGAAGAGUGUUCUCCAAAAUAAAUUUCCUCAAGCUAAUACUGGGGAUAUUUUAGGAAUUCAUUCUAAAUAUGAUGACAAAAGAAAGGCAGGAGCAAGCUUUUAUGAGAUGACUGGCCUGGGUCCUUUGCCUCAAGCUCUUUAUAAUGGUGAAUCCUUUAACCAUGAAGAGCUGAAUAAUAAAGAACUAGAAAAGGCUGUUCUUCACAGAAUGAUGGAUACAGCUGUAUAUCUACAAAGGGAAGUUUUUAUGGGCACGUUAAAUGAUCAGACAAAUGCAGUUGAUUUCCUUAUGGAUAAAAAUAAUGUUGUACCCCGUAUAAAUCCUUUGAUUUUGCACACCAAAAGGCAGUACCUUAAUUUAAUAUCUACAUCAGUAACUGCCGAUAUUGAAGAUUUUUCUACGUUCUCUUUCUUGGAUUCACAAGAUAAGACUGCUGUAAUUGCAAAGAGCAUGUAUUAUUUAACCCAAGAAGAUUAUGAUGUAGUUUCUUCAGUUACUCUCUGGAUUAUUGCUGAUUUUGACAAACCGUCUGGGAGAAAACUGCUUUUUAAUGCAUUAAAGCACAUGAAAACAAGUGUUCAUAGUCGGUUGGGGGUUAUUUAUAAUCCUACAUCAAAAAUAAAUGAAGAGAACACAGCUGUUUCUAGAGGAAUUUUGGCAGCUUUUCUUACACAGAAAAACAGCUUUUUGAGAAACUUUCUCAGGAAACUGGCAAAGGAAGAAACUGCUACAGCUAUUUACUCUGGAGAUAAAAUUAAAACAUUUCUCACUGAGGGGAUGGAUGAGAAUGCUUUUGAGAAAAAAUAUAAUACCAUUGGAGUGAAUAUUUUCCGAACUCACCAGUUGUUCUGUCAAGAUGUACUCAAAUUGCGUCCUGGAGAAAUAGGUAUUGUCAGCAAUGGGAAAUUCUUAGGACCUAUAGAUGAAAAUUUGUAUGCAGAAGAUUUUCACUUGUUGGAAAAGAUAACGUUUACUAAUGUAGUAGAGAAAAUUAAAGGCAUUGUUGAAAGUAUGGAAAUCAACUCAAAGAACAUGAGUGACCUCAUUAUGAAAGUUGACGCCCUUGUUUCCUCUUUGCCUAAACGAGCAUCUCGGUAUGAUGUCACAUUUCUGAAAGAGAAUCACAGCAUUAUAAAGAUCAAUCCUCAGGAGAAUGAUAUGUUCUUUGAUGUCAUUGCUAUUGUUGAUCCAUUGACAAGAGAAGCACAGAAAAUGUCACAGUUAUUGAUCGUACUUGGCAAGAUUAUCAACAUGAAGGUGAAGUUGUUCAUGAACUGCAGGGGUAAGCUUUCAGAGGCCCCUUUAAAGAGCUUUUACCGUUUUGUUCUGGAACCAGAACUGAUGUUAAUGGCUAAUGACAAUAUUGGACCAGUGGCAAAAUUCUUGGAUAUCCCAGAAUCACCCCUUCUAACCCUCAACAUGAUUACUCCUGAAGGCUGGUUGGUAGAUACAGUACACAGCAACUGUGACCUUGAUAAUAUUCACUUAAAGGAUAUUGAGAGAACUGUUACAGCAGAAUAUGAACUAGAAUAUCUACUACUUGAAGGACACUGCUUUGAUAUAAUAACAGAACAACCUCCUCGGGGUCUGCAGUUUACACUAGGCACAAAAAAUAAACCUGUCGUGGUUGAUACAAUAGUGAUGGCCAAUCUUGGAUAUUUUCAAUUAAAAGCAAACCCAGGUGCUUGGAUCCUGAAGUUACGCCAAGGAAAAUCUGAAGAUAUUUAUCAAAUAGUUGGGCACGGAGGAACUGACUCUCAACCAGACGUAGGAGAUGUCAUUGUUGUGUUAAACAGCUUCAAGAGCAAAAUACUGGAAGUACAAGUGCAAAAAAAGCCAGACCAAAUUAAGGAAGAUGUCCUUACUGAUGAGGAUGAAAAAAAAGGAAUAUGGGAUUCCAUUAAAAGUUUCACAAGAAGAUUGCAUAAAGAAAAAGACAAAAAGGAAACAGACAUUCUAAACAUUUUUUCAGUUGCUUCUGGCCAUUUAUAUGAACGCUUUUUAAGAAUUAUGAUGCUUUCUGUUUUACGUAACACCAAAACACCAGUGAAAUUCUGGUUUCUAAAAAAUUAUCUCUCACCAACAUUUAAAGAGGUAAUUCCCCACAUGGCUAAGAAAUAUGGAUUCCAGUAUGAACUAGUCCAAUAUAGGUGGCCCCGUUGGCUUCAUCAACAGACUGAAAAACAAAGGAUUAUUUGGGGUUACAAAAUUCUUUUUCUUGAUGUCCUUUUUCCUCUAGCAGUGGACAAAAUCAUCUUUGUUGAUGCUGACCAGAUUGUGAGACAUGACCUAAAAGAACUUCGAGAUUUCAAUCUGGAUGGAGCUCCUUAUGGGUAUACUCCGUUUUGUGAUAGCCGCACUGAAAUGGAUGGAUACCGCUUCUGGAAAACAGGAUACUGGGCAUCACAUCUUUUAAGAAGGAAAUAUCAUAUCAGUGCCUUGUAUGUAGUGGAUCUCAAGAAGUUCAGGAGAAUUGCGGCAGGUGACAGGCUCCGGAGCCAGUACCAGGCUCUCAGUCAAGAUCCAAACAGCCUUUCAAACCUAGAUCAGGAUCUUCCCAAUAAUAUGAUUUACCAAGUCGCCAUUAAGUCUCUUCCUCAAGACUGGCUGUGGUGUGAAACCUGGUGUGAUGACGAGUCCAAAGAAAGAGCUAAAACAAUUGAUCUGUGCAAUAAUCCCAAAACAAAAGAACCCAAACUGAAAGCUGCUGCCAGGAUUGCCCCAGAAUGGGUGGAGUACGAUGCUGAGAUACGACAGCUGUUAGAUCGCCUGGAAAACGAGAAGAAAAAUGCAAUUUUGACACACGAUGAACUCUAGCACUGGCUCAUAUGAGAAAGAAGAUGAAAAUAUGAUGAGAAUUCUGCCACCUGCUGGGGAAGUGUGGAACUACUGCUAAGACUUCUGGAAGUUUCGUUAAUGAUCAGUGACAUAUUCUUCAAUUUAAAAAAAAUUAUUUAAAAAUACGUACACUUAAUGUAUUGAGUAAGUUUAAGUUAUAUAAGAAAUGACCAUUGAGUAUUUAAAACUAGAUUGUUCCUUUUUCCUUAUUGCUUAAAACACUGGAUUUUCACCAGUGAAAGUGAUAAUUUUGCCAGAUAACCCGAUAGAAGAACAUAUCUGACUAGCUGGUCCUCAUGGAUUUUUAUCAAACCAUCUAUAUCUUAGUGUAUUCCAGAGAAUUAAAGAGAAAUCUAUUUUGUGUUUUUUCUUCUGAGAAAGAAAAAGGACUUGUGUUUAUCUCUGAAUAAUAAAACAAGUUAAGCCCAUUUAUCCCUUAACAGUUGUUUUAAAAUGGAAGUAGUGUCUCACGGUAAUCAUUUAUUUUAUUUGUCUUAAAGCAUAUGAUGUUUUAUUCCUAUGCUGUAUUUGUAUUUUUUUAAUGUUUCUCAUUUUUAUUCAUAAAAUGAUAUUUGUGGGCU